GUUUUUGUCGCUGCAGUGCGGAAACAGCAUAUCGUCACCUCGUGUUUGACAGGUGUUACAUGUUUGACAUAGCUUGACUAAAACAGUUAGAUCUGUUUGUCUAGCACAUACAUAUUCAUCAUGUCCUCACAAGAAGAAGGUGCUGCAGAGCAGGACCCUAACACAGAGGAACCAUCCAGCUCUUCCUCCUGUGAGAAUGAUGUCACCACUGGGGACAUCAUCACCGUCACUAUUGGAGCAACCGUGCCCACAGGGUUUGAACACACUGCUGCUGAAGAGGUCAAGGAGAAAAUUGGUGUUGAUACACGAAUCAGCAAAGAUCGUGGCCGUAUAUACUUUCCCAUAACCACUGACAAGCUUUUCCAGGUCCAUCUUCUGAGGUCUGUGGACAACCUUUUUGUUGUGGUUGAGGAAUAUGAUCAUUACCAGUUCAAAGGAUCAAAGGAGGAGACUUUGAUGGAGUUGCAGCAGCUUGCCUCCAAACUCCCCUGGACUAAUGCCUUGGAGGUUUGGAAAUUAAAUUGCACCCUUAAAAAAAAGAAAGGCUACCGAAAAGGAGGAAAUGGCACCAAAGUAAAACCGAAUACCGUGGCUACCAAUGUACUAGUGCCUGACUCUGAGCACCAAGAGCUACCUCAAGAAAUGUCUGCUACUGAGAGCCAGACGAAGAUAGAGAGCAGACCUGAUGUGGAGAGCUGCACACAGGAGGCUGCACCUCAGGACAAAGUCAUCAAGUUCCGUGUGACGUGCAACAGGGCCGGAGACAAGCACAGCUUCUCCUCAAACGAGGCAGCCAGAGACUUUGGUGGGGCUGUGCAAGAAUUCUUCCAGUGGAAAGCAGACAUGACAAAGUUUGACAUAGAGGUGUUACUUAACAUACACAAUGAAGAGAUGGUGAUCGGCAUCGCGCUCACAGAAGAGAGUCUCCACAGGAGGAACAUCAGUCACUUUGGACCCACUACACUUCGCUCUACCUUGUGCUACGGCAUGCUCAGGCUGUGUAAGCCUCAGCCGUCAGAUGUAAUCCUUGACCCGAUGUGCGGGACUGGAGCUAUACCACUGGAGGGGGCCAUCGAAUUCAACAGUUCAUUCUACAUUGCCGGUGACAACUACGACAUGGCAGUGAACCGCACAGUCAAUAACAUUUGUCACAUUCAGAAACGCAGAGUAGAGAAAGGAAGUCCGUCUGGGUUGCCCAUUGACACGGUGCGUUGGGAUCUGUGCAACUUACCCAUGAGGACCAGCUCUGUUGACAUAAUCAUCACUGACAUGCCCUUUGGGAAGAGAAUGGGCUCCAGGAAGAAGAACUGGGACCUGUACCCGUCCUGUCUCAGAGAGAUGGCCCGUGUGUGCAGACCAGGCACAGGGAAGGCUGUGUUGUUGACGCAGGACAAAAAAUGUUUUUCCAAGGCUAUCUCGAGGAUGGGAGGGCUGUGGAGGAAGCUGCACACUGUUUGGGUCAACGUCGGAGGUUUACAUGCUGGAGUCUACCUUCUUAAGAGGACCGGGGCCGUGUUUGGUCAAACUCCGGAGGACAUCUAUGAAUCACGAGGACCGGUUAACACGCAGGGGGACGGGAAGGAUGUCAAGGAGCUAUUUUAAUUUACAUCCUGCAUUUAAGUUCUGAAUUGAUCUUUCAGGAAAUGUUCGAUUUGCAGUAUUUAUAUUUUCACUGUUUUAAUUUAAUAAUUCAGAUGUGCCAGUCAAACGUGCCAAACUGAGUUUGAUUUCUGUAUUUCUUGUUUGGUUUAAAUGUGAGAAAUGGCUAACUUGAGAGGGCAAGCUUUUUUUAAAGUCAGAGGUGACCUCACACCCAAUGUUUCCACUUUACAUGAAGCGCACAUUGCUUUUUUGUUCAUGUCAAUAAAUAUUCAAAUUCAAUUCAUUUGAUACAUAAGGUU